AUGUUUAGUCAGUCAUCAAGACAAAAUAUAAAUAAGACAAUUCAUAACGGGCAGAAAGGUUACAUUUGUAAGGAAUGUGGCAGAGCCUUUAAGUGGCACUCAAGACUAAUUCAACAUCAGCGAAUGCAUACUGUCAAGAAACUUUACAAAUGUGAUGAAUAUGGUAAAACUUUAAUGUGUGCCACAAGACUAAAUGAACAUAGGCGAAUCCAUCAUGGAGAAAAACUUUACCAAUGUCAGGAAUGUGGCAAGUCCUUUAAGUGGCACUCAUCUCUUAUUGGACAUCACAAAAUCCAUGCUGGGGAGAAACCUUACAGAUGUGAAGAAUGUGGCAAGGCCUUUACCCAGCACUCAAACCUCUCGGCACAUCGCAGAACCCACACGGGAGAGAAACCUUACCAAUGUAAAGAAUGUGGCAAGGCCUUUAGCCAGCUCUCAAACCUUACUGUACAUCACAGAAUCCAUACUGGAGAGAAACCGUACCUUUGUCAAGAAUGUGGAAGGGCCUUUAGCCAACAAGCAUCCCUUAGUCAGCAUCACCGAAUCCAUACUGGAGAGAAACCUUACCGAUGUCAACAAUGCGGCAAAGCCUUUCGACA